AUGUCGCGAAUUAAGAAAAUUGCUGCUGCCUCUGUUAUUUUAAUAACGAAGAAGAGAAAAAAUGUUGAGCUAAAAAACAAGAAGAGAAGGAUGUGGGUUAGGAGCUGGAUUUCAAGAAGACAAGAUGGUGGUUUCUUUGCUCAAUUGGUGAAAGAAUUACACAGCGAAGACAUGAAUUCAUACGGAGAUAGCUAUCAUUCCCUGCAAUACCUUUUUCGGAUUCCAGUCACAACCAUUUCAAGGAUUAUACCUGAAGUUUGUGAAGCGAUAUUUACUGUGCUGAAAACGGAUUAUCUCCAGCUAAAACGCAGCUGCCGUAAUUCACUAGCAACAUAUUCACCAAAUACGAUCCCAAACUCUCAGGAAGAAUGGUAUGAAGUUGCAAAGGGAUUUGAGGAGAUUUGGAAUUUUCCAAACUGUUUAGGUGCUCUAGAUGGCAAGCACGUGGUUAUGAAAGCACCAAGGAAUAAAGGCAGUCUUUAUUUUAAUUAUAAAGGAACACAUAGCAUAGUCCUCAUGGCACUAGUUGAUGCAAAAUACAAAUUUCUUUAUGUGGAUGUCGGAUGGAAUGGACAAAUAUCUGAUCGUGGCGUGUAUCCAAACUGUUCAUUGUCAAGAGCAUUAGAAAACAACAUGUUAAACAUGCCAAAACCAAGGCCAUUACCGGGUGAAUCUGAAGAUGUACCUUUUGUUGUUAUUUCCGAUGAUGCUUUUGCCUUGACUUCCUAUUUAUUAAAACCUUUUCCUUUCAAAAACCAACCCGGAUUUAAUCGAGUUUUUAACUACAGAAUAUCAAGAGCAAGGCGUGUAGUUGAAAAUGCUUUCGGACUGAUCUCGGCUCGAUUUCGUGUUCUUAGACGACCAAUAGACUUACCUCCAGAGAAGAUUAAAAAAAUUGUACUUGCAAUAUGUUCUUUGCAUAAUUUCUUACUGACCCAAAAAAGUUCGGCACAUUUAUAUGCCCCAAAUGGAAUAUUUGAUACUGAAAAUGAUGGGAACGUUAUCAAUGGGAGUUGCAGAAAUGGAGGAAAUCCUAUAGCUAAUAUGGUUCCUUUACAGGCUACAAAUGUUAGAAACCCAUCGAAAACAGCCAAAGAAAUGUCUAUUCAUAUAAAAAAAUAUAAACCUUCCACACAAUCAGGCUUCAAACCUGGACAUAGUACUGUAACUGCACUGAUUGAUGUCAGUGACGACUACUUAAGAGCCAUAGACGAUGGUAACGUUACAACAUGCGUGAUGCUAGACCUGUCUAAUGCUUUUGACUGCAUACAUCCUAGAUUUAUUUUGGCAAAGCUGCCUUUUUUUGGAUUUUCUGCACCAUCUCCUGCCUGGUUCUCUAGUUAUCUAUCUGGUAGAUCACAAAUGGUGAAACUUGGAGCAAUAAUAUCUUUGAAAUGCAAUGUUAUGCAAGUCCGUAAAAAUGUAACGUCAUACUGGGAUGCCCGAUUAUCACCAAUGCACUACAUAAAUCAAGAGUGUCCUUUAAUGAAUGACUUCUUAUUAACGGAAUAUGGUCUAAAGGAGCCCUUAACCUUUCCACAACGACAUUCCUCCCAAAUUCUUCACAACGCCGGCGGUUUCGAAAGGGCCGCCGUGGCCGCUGCUGCGGAGGGAUCAAGAAUUAUUUUCGAUCCUAUGAUGAAUAUAUUUGCGCAAAAAAAUAAAUUCAACCUCUUCAAUAGCAAAGAAAAACACGAUUAUCAAACUCGAUCUAAGAAUUUGCUGAUACCCCCCCAACAUCCUACUGCAGCAUAUCAGAAAUCUUUGACUUACAUGGGUUGUGAAAUGUUCAAUAACUUAAAAGAAGAUAUUCAAAAGGCACCGACAUUAAGCAGUUUCAAAAUUUAG